AUGGUAAAAAACAAGGACUAUAAAAAAAGUGACUUAGUUCGAAUUCUGUCAUCAAAUGUCAGCAAGGAGAGAAACAAAGCCGUAAAGCUUCUAAAAAAGUUUGAGCCCCUGCCAAGGAAACAUUUAGAUAGCAAAUUUGAUUCCAGAAGUGCAGUUGUUCAUAAGUAUAGUUCUUUGAAGGCCUUCAUGUGCUGGAGAUGCGAUAAGGUCAAACAAACAAAUGUCAAAGUUCACUGGGAUACAUCAGAAGGAUUGAAGGUUAUAUGCACAUCGUGUCAUGGAAACUUGCUUGCAAUGAAAGAGGUUGAGAGAGUAAGAAAAGAAAACAACACCAAUAAGGAAAUUGUAAAAAAUUUAAGCAAAAUGUAA